GUACCCGACGACGAAUUUCAGUCUAGCUUGGUCUUCGGUUCGGAACGGUUCUCCCUUUGGGAAGGUGGCAAAUCUCGCACGGGUGUUAAACAAGGCGUUGAACGUUCGAGUGUUAGUGGAAAUCAUGUCAGUGUAUGAGUGGAGAAUCUCUUAACAAGCAUAGGAAACGGAUGCUGGAUAUUGCUAAGAACAUCUAAAGGAAAGUGCUUAAUUUUCAUUUUCCCUGAGCUCGGAUGCUACGCUACAUUGGAAUAAUGCGCAGCAAAUAUUGAACGCCUUUUCCGCUAGUGGAGCUUCGAUGAGUUUGAUGAAAGUAAUUUUCCCACGAAUCGCCUGGAUAAGGAUUCUAUAAAAAUUUUCAAGUUCAACGUAAUCGGGAGUACUGUGAAUGAGAGGAGCGAGGACGACCGUUAUAAAUACUACAAAGCAAGGAUGGGAGCAUAUAUUGCCGCGAGCUUUUAGGUUGUUAUGAUUUUUGUGUUUGUUUAGGCUUUCUCUCUUUAUCCUUUCCUUUUGUAUCGCUGUCUUUUCGCAAAAGUGUGAGGAAGUUGUAACAUUACGCGGAGUGUCUUUUCAAACUAGUGCUUUCCAUGUGUCUCCACUGUCAGCUGAAUGUCAUCGAGCCUCACAAUCCCAAGUGUGUCAGUGAAGUGUUGUGUUUAUACCGAUAACAUCUGCUACCCCUUUGAAGCCCUCAAGCCGAACGAAGGACAACUUGAAAAAUUGCCUCUAUCCACAGAUAAAAGGCUUCCCAGCAGUGUCGAAUUUAAGUGGAGAAACCCUCUUGACCUGUUCAUUCCAUUUCAUCGAUUGGUGAGGCUUAAUUUUAGCCGUAAACGAUGGUGCAAAAAGUGCAGUUCGGAGUGAAUAAUUUACAAAAAAUACGCAAAACAUGGAUACAAAUUUUCCUGCUCGUGUUGAUCCUGAGUGCGCAUGUCCUGAUUGUGACAUCUCAGCAGCAAUCGCAACAACAUCAACAAAAGGAGUUACAACAGCCAAGCAAUUUGCCAUCACCACAAAAACGAGGCGGUAACACCGAUAGCAGCAAGGACCAUUGCAAUAAAACUGUCGAUAUUUUCGAGGAUGUUGCGUCGCCAGAGGUGACGAAUCUCAACCGAAACAGGCCGCUUACGUGCUGGUAUCGAUUCCGCAGCUUCCGAGGGGCGCCACGAGACUCGGUUCUCAGGUUAAAUUUCAAAAAGUUCAAAGUUGGACAGCUACAGAAUGCGACCCACUGCGAAGGUGGCUAUCUGCAGAUAGUGGACGGGAAUGCAAAAACCGAUGUAUCGAACCGACGCGAACCAGGUCAGUUCUGUGGUGAGUCCGAGCAACCACAAACAUUCAUCAGCGAAACAAGUGCCGUCAAAAUCGUCUUUCAUACCGAUAAUUUUACCGAUCAGACCUAUUUUGCCUUUGACUCCCGGGCGGAACAGCAAACGGAGGUGUUCAAUCGAUACGGCCCUCAUCCGGAGUUGUACCCGAAUCGACGCGGCGAGGUCGUCCCCCUAUCCUAUUGUGAGCGUGAAUUCCGCGAUUGUCGUCUGCAAACAUGUUACGUACAGUCCCCGGCCUAUCCGGGAAUCUAUCCCCGGGCGCUCAAAUGCCGAUACCGAUUGCACACCAGAUUGCCCUUCAUCAAGCUCUACAUCCAGAACGAACAGUUUGCCGUCGAUGGUCAGAGGUGUGAAAAUAUCAUGACAUGCCCGAUGAAGGAGAUUGGUUCCGGUUCGGAGCACUGCCCGUACGAUUGGUUGGCUGUCUAUGAUGGUCGAGACGAACACGCUCCCCCGAUUGGUAAAUUCUGCGGGAUGGGUAAAUUCCCCUUCAGCAUCAUUGGAACCUCACAGCAUAUGUACGUGGAGUUUGUAUCAUCGCCCGCGGGACCAUUACUCAAUACGGGAUUUCACUUCAACGUGGGAAAUUGGCCAGGCCAUGUGGAAACGGUUGGCACCAAAAAUGGUGCCUGCGAUUGGCUGCUGAACUCGGAUGCGUUGCGAGCCACGAGCGCCUCGGAAGGGAUAUUUCUCAGUGUGGCACAUUGGUACCCGCCGAACACUUCCUGCAGCUAUCACAUCCAAGGAAACGAGGGUGAAAUCGUUCGCUUGUAUUUCCCCAGUUUUCGCAUCAAUCGCAUCGAAGCACCCAUCAUCAAGUACGAGGAAGAUUGUGCCGAAUCGCUCACCAUAUACGAUGCCAACCAUCCGGAUCCGGCUCGCAUCAUCAAAACAUUUUGUGACACCUUCUCACGGCCAAUGGAAAAGAUUGACUUCGUAAGCACCGGUCGCUCGCUGUAUGUCAAGUUUCUCAGCAAGACGGGAUCCUACAGUGGCAGCUCGCUGUACUAUUGGGCCCAUUACGAUUUCUUCAAUAACUCCAGAUACGGUGAUCCGGUCCAGAAUACGCUCUGCGACGAAGUGUUUUAUGCGUGGAAGUACAGCAAGGGGGAGUUGGGUUCGCCCAGGAACACGCUCAUCUACAAGCGGGCGUCUGGAAGUGACGUUCGAUGCCAGUACAAGUUCGUCACGGAUCGAAGACUCUUCUCACGCGUUGUGGUGGAAGUAACGUCGGUGACAUUCAAGGAGGUACCUUAUUCCAUGAAUGCAUGCACAAGAUGCCACGAGGAACGUGUUGACAAGCUGAUCCUAUGGGAAGAGAAGGAUAAGAAUCAGAAUCGAUUGGCAUGCUUCUGUGACAACAUUCCACGACCUGUACGGGUGAUAUCCUCGGGUGAUCAGAUGAACCUCGAAUUGAUCAUCCAGGGUCAACAUGCAACCACGAGUUAUUUCAAGAAUCCGAACACUUUGUUCGAGGCGAACUAUGAGUUUGCGCAUGGUCCCAUCUGUGGUCCAAUCACGUUGGGCCCCUCUCCGGACGGUGAGCUGGUGUUCCCGUACAAAAAUGCGUUAGGUAUUCAGCUAAACGAAAACAAACGUGAAAAGUGUAUCUGGGAGCUGAAGGUUGCCGCCCAGAGGGAUCUGUGGUUGCAUUUGGAUAAGGCACGAUUUGCGGAAAGAAGUUGCGAGCAUGGAAGAAUCGAAGUGUACCUUGCCGGAAGGCUGGAGCCUAGAUUUAUAAUUUGUCCAGAAAAUGUUAGCCUCGCUCGAGACCUGCCUAUUCUUUCAGCUGCCGAAUUGGGAGCUGUGGAAAACGAAAACGAACCACUGCCAGUACUGAUCCAGUACACUGGUGAUAGCGCUGUUGGGAAGAACGCAUUCAAAUUUGUUUGGACCGAGCUGUUCCACCUGCCAAGAAACGCCGAUGGCACCUUAGCAACGUCGUCCAUGUUCAAGGAUAGCUGUGACUUUUACUGUCCCGGUGACCAGCAUGUCUGCAUUCCGGAAUACCUGUUGUGCAACGGCGUCCUUAACUGCCCCAACGUUACUGGAUUACGCGUAGUAGAAAGCAAUAUCGACAAAAACUACGAAUACAUCGAAGAGAACUACAUUCGCACCGGUCUGUUCGACAAAGAAUUUCUGCUGAACAUAGAAUAUCUGUCCGACGAAGCACCCGAGCUGUGUCGAACGAGGUACGUCCCGAACACGGGAGAUUAUCCCGACGUGGUUGAAUGUUUCCAGUUCCCCAUCAUCCAGAUGGUGGUGGCCGGAGCGGUUCUGCUCACGUUAAUAGUUCUUGCCUUCACCAUUUACUGCCGACUUUACGGCCAAAAAUACUACGACUGAGACGCACCUCCUUCGGAUUGGGGUGGUUACGUUAAAUCAGAAACUUGCGAGGAGACCGUGUAGCGAUCUGGAACCCCGAAUUGUCAUAAAGUUUUAGACAAACAACACACAAACAAACAUGCCUUCAUUUUUCUCCCGUUUGCUAGUUCAUUCGUCCGAAAGUAAACACACACACACACAAACGGCACUCCAAUUAAUGGAUUCAGAAACAAAGUCUAAUGCACCUUGUUGAAACUUGAUACAACUGUUCAGAAGCAGGAGGAGAAGGAGGAGUUGCACGAAUUUUCGCUAGCUUCGUUUCAGAAGUUCGGUCGACGACUCGAUGACUCGAGAACAUAAAAUGGCAGAGCAGCUCGUAGGAACAGAUUAAAUUUAGGACAACUUCCCCUAGUUUUGUUUUCGGUUUUGUAGGAUCAAAUUAUAUUAGAAUAACACAACUAUCGGACACAGAUGGCUAGUCAUUAAUAGAGCAAUUCCCGAAAGCGUAUAGUGAAAUUUAAUGACAACCAAAGUGAUCUUUUUUUUGUGUUCUCGGAUGCAUGAGAGUAUCUCGCAAAAAGUGAUCACAUUAUUUGAUGUAGAGAAAAAAAAACAAAAGAAAAAAAAGUUAUUUAAAAACAAAUUUAAAAAGCACUGCACAAUUUGUAAAUAAGCAAGAACAAAUUUAACAAGAUGGAAUAGGAGAAACCAAUUCAAUUAUAUACAACUGCAAAUGAUGUAGAUGAGCAAAGACAGAUGAAGGUUAAUAAAUACUAUUGAGAUGAUAUAGCGAA